ACUCUCUGAACCCUGGGGGCUGGCGUGCUGUAGCCAUUCAACUCUUUUCUGCCACCAAGGCUCCGGCGCCCUGCCCCACCCACAACCCCGUCCCGGCCUCCUGCGUCUGCGCAUCUCGGGAGACUAGUCGGAAGUUACGACAAUUAAGACCCGUGGAGCGGAGCUGGGCGCGAAGGGCUCGCCCUCCCGGGCGCCGGGAGAAAAUUACAGCCCAGCUCCGCUGAGGACUGUCCACCGAGUCCACAGCACCCUGCACCAUGCCGAUGACACUGGGUUACUGGGACAUCCGCGGAGUGAGCGAGGGUCCGCUUGGGCAGCGGCACUGGGGCGCAGAGGCCGAGCAGCUGGGCACCGGUUCUGGGGAUGGUGGCUCCUCAGGGUGGGGGAACCGCUGUCCGUCCCUCUCUCAAGGGCCUGCGCAUGCCGCUGGCUCACGCCAUCCGCCUGCUCCUGGAAUACACAGACUCCAGCUAUGAGGAGAAGAUUUACACCAUGGGGGACGCUCCUGACUAUGACAGAAGCCAGUGGCUGAAGGAAAAAUUCAAGCUGGGCCUGGAUUUUCCCAAUCUGCCGUACUUGAUUGAUGGGGCUCACAAGAUCACCCAGAGCAAUGCCAUCCUGCGCUACAUUGCCCGCAAGCACAAGCUGUGUGGAGAGACAGAAGAGGAGAUGAUUCGUGUGGACAUUUUAGAGAACCAAGCUAUGGACAUCUCUAAUCAGUUGGCCACAGUGUGCUACAGCCCUGACUUUGAGAAACUGAAGCCUGACUACUUGGAGGGCCUCCCUGAAAAGAUGAAGCACUUCUCACAGUUUCUGGGAAAGCAGCCAUGGUUUGUUGGGGACAAGAUCACCUUUGUGGAUUUCCUCGCUUACGAUGUCCUUGACCUGCACCGUGUAUUUGAGCCCAAGUGCCUGGAUGCGUUCCCUAACCUGAAGGACUUCAUGGCCCAUUUUGAGGGCCUGAAGAAGAUCUCUGCCUACAUGAAGUCCAGCCGCUACCGCCCAAAGCCUCUGUACACAAAGAUGGCCGUCUGGGGCAAUAAGUAGGGCCUUGUGAAGCCAGGAGGAGCGAGGAGCCUGUCCUCAGCCUGCUGCCUGGGGCCCUGGAGAACAGUGGCCUCUGCACCUCAUUUCAACCUUCUCCUUCCUCUGCCCCCACUUCAUUCCUUUCUAUCUCCAAGACCUCACUGGUGCUCUCACUUCCCAUGUCCUGUCCCAUCCAGGCCAUUUCAAUCUCAGCUCUCCACUUUCCUCCAGCAGUGUCCCCUCCCACCUUUACCCUUCCCUGCACUAAAGCCCACCUGAUGUCCUUCCGGUCAGUGUUGUCCCAUCAGGGCAUGGGGUCAGCAGUGCCUGGUGUGCAGGCCCUGCUUCCCAGUGUGGUCCCAGCACUAGGCCUUCCUGAUCCCCAGUAAAGCCUCCUCCGCCUUG